CUCUUCCGCUUUCUCCAGGCCAUCCGUUGCCUGACAAAUACUCUUUACUUAUAACCAAUAAAUACUGAGCAUUUAUCAUAAACCUCACUCCUACUAUUUAACAAUCUAUACCUACCUACUAUAAAUUCUACCAAAUAAUCCAAUAGAAAUCCAAGGAGAGAACAUGUACUUACUACUCAGGUACUAAAUACGUCCGGAAGCAGUUUAGCCCGUGGCAGCAUAGCUUAGCUUAUCGAGCUGAGCUCUGUCCAGUAUCUGGCCUCUGCCUCUUGCCGUGCGCUCAGUCUGCCAAAAACCAAUUUAACUAAGUUCGGACGAUCCUCAGAUUUUUCUCCCUCCCACUUACGACGUACCUCUGUACAUACUUACCACACAUUAACUUAUUAUCCCUUUCCACUCUUAUUCCAUUAAUCACAUAUAAUUCGGAAUGUCUGAGUCGUUUGAAGAGGGUAUCGAGAUGCCUGGCAUCCCGAAGGAGACCGCGCGCAAGAUGGCGCGUCUGGAAGAGGAGUUCAACCGCGUGGAACUGGACCAGCUCCGCGCUUCUGUCCCUCUUCUUCGCCCGCUAUACGAGAAGCGCAAUGCGCUCAUCACCCGCCCGGACGUCGAGGCUGAAUUCUGGAUCCGGGUGUUCUCGAACGCCCCCGCCGAGAUCGACGAGUAUAUCCUGCCCAGCGAUGCGGCGAUCCUCAGCACCUGCCUGAAGAACUUGACCAUCGAGCGGUUCGAGGUCGACGACAAGGGCCAGGGAGAGCCGCGCAGUCUGCGGUUGACGUUCGAGUUCCGCACCGACGAGGAGAACGCCUUUAUCACCGACGCCAAGGUUGUCAAGGACUUCUACUGGCGCCAGCAGGUGACCAAGAACGCCCAGGGCAAGCGCCGCUUCUGGGAGGGCCUGGUCUCCGAGCCCGUCCGGAUCAACUGGAAGAAGGGCAUGGACCCGACCAAGGGCCUGCUCGACGCUGCCUGUGACCUUGCCGAGGCCGAGAAGAAGCAGCAGCAGAAGAAGAAGGGCGCCGACCGCACCACACUGCCAGAGUUCGAGAAGCUUGUCCGCAAGGUCGCUGAGCUCGAGGCCGCAGCCAACGAGGAUGAGGAUGAGGAAGACGACGAGGACCCCAUGGCCGGCAACAGCCCUGCUGGCGUCAGCUUCUUCGCUCUGUUCGGGUACCGGGGCAGAGACGUCUCCGCCGAACAGUCCAAGGAGGCCGAAAAGGACGAGGAGGAGAGAUGGGCUAAGAUUGCCAAGGGUGAAGAGCCUGAGGAUGAGGACGAGGAUGAUGACGAUGACGAGGAGGAUGAGGAUGUCGACAGCCUCGAGGAUAUCGAGAUCUUUCCGGAUGGCGAGGAUGUAGCCACUGCCAUCGCCGAGGAUCUGUGGCCCAACGCCCUGAAAUACUACGUCGAAUCCUAUGCGAUCGCCGAUGAUCUCUCGGACGCCGACCUGGAAGACCUGGAAGACUUGGAGGGGGACGAGGAUGACGAAGAGGAGGAGUCGCAUCCCCGCAAGAAGACCAAGGUUUGAAUUGCGCCAAAG